AUGGAUUUAAACCCUAACUCCUUAAAAAUGGAUAAGAAGUAUAUCAAUAACUAUAACAGUUUAGAAAAAAAUUAUUAUUUUAUGAUAAAAGAGUAUGAAACUAUAACAAGUUCAAGAAGCAAUAUUGCAAAUUUUAGGAUAAUAAAAAAUUUGUUAAUCAUAAAUAGUAUAAUAGAUGAAGUGAAAAAAAAACACCUUAUCGAAAUUUUUGAAAAUUUGGAUAAAAACUUAGUAUUAAUAUUAAAAAAAAAUAACCACAAUUUUAUUUUAAAACUAUUAAAAAUAUGGUAUAUAAAACUUUAUACAUGCACAGACUAUAAUAUCAAUAAGCAUUUCAAUGAAAUAUUAGAGAUCAUUUUUUAUAAAAAUUUAUCUAAUUCCCUUUCCGAAUCAAAAAUCAUAUAUGAAAACUUAUCAAAAAAUAUAAUUUUGCUAACUUCUUUAGUUUUGUCUAAAUUCAAAUCAGCGAUAAUCCCUCACAUUCCCUCCUUGAUCGAAUACUCAAAAAAGGUAAAACGAUCAAACAAUGGAGAAUUGAAAUAUUUUUAUUUUUCGUGUAUGAAUAAAAUAAUAAAAACGUUACCAAUAAGUUAUUUAGACAGUGAAAAAAUAUAUAAGUUUAUGAAAAGAGAAAUAAGUGAUAAGGAAGAAUUAAGUCAAAGUAAAAUAAUAAAAUGCCUCAGAAAUAUUUUUAUAGUUCAUCCUGAAUAUUCUAUUAUAGAAUAUGAAUAUUUUAUAAGUUAUAUAAUUGAUAGUAUAAAUUUUAAUAAAUAUAAAAAUAUAAUAAAUGUUAAAUAUAUUAUUAAAUUAGCUAGUGUUAUAUUCAGUAAUUUGGUUAAUAUAAAAUACAAUAAAAGUAAUAAUUUAUUAUUAACUAAAAAUAGUGCAAAAGAAAAUAUUGAUAGUAUAGAGAUUAUACCUGAAGUAGUAAACAAUAAAUUUUAUGAUAAAAAUAAAGAUUAUUAUUCUAAGGAAAAUAAAAGAAAUGAGCAUGAUGAUGAAAAAAAAAAGACAUAUUUUUUUACAGAUAUUUUAAAAAUAGCAACAGAUGAAAUUAUUUCAAAAAUAAAUAAAAUAAAAGUAGAAGAAAAAGAUGACCAAAAUUAUGUUAAUCCCGAAAAUAUUAAUGGGUUUUUCUUUCAAAAUAAUAAACAAUUUAAUAAAAAAAUUGUAAAAAAAAGAAAGAGUCCUUUGUCUAUUUAUAAUUUCCAAUCAUUCAUUAAUUAUUUCAAAAAUAUUAUAUUAAAUAUUUUUUCAGACACUUAUCAUGAUUAUACAUGGGUAAAGAAGUUAUUUUUUUUAAAAGUCCUCGAAAAACAUAAUUAUUUCGAUGAAGUAGUAUUAUAUAGUUUUCUUAACGCAGACAAUAUUAAUCGAAAAUAUCGAAAAUAUCGAAAAACACAAUUUAAUAAAUAUGAGUUUUUCAAAGCACAAAAAAACCCAGAAAAAUCAUCAUCUUAUUCCUCUACAAAUGUUAAUCAAGAUAAUUUUAUAAAUCAUUUGUUAGAAAUAGAUUAUAAGUUUAUGAUGUAUAGAGAAGAAAUAAAUUGUGAUGAAUUAAAUGUAGCACCUUCUGAAGAUAAACGAGUUUUAAAAAUAUAUAACUCUUUGAUUCAUAAUACUUUAUUGAGAAUAAUUUUACUUGAAUGCUUUAAAAAUGUAUUAUUUUGUUCUAAAAAAUUUUCUGAAAAAUCAAUAAUAAAAAUUAUAAAAUAUUUUAUCAGCCUUAUAGACACUGUCUGUUCAAAUUGUGCAAAAAAAAAAAACAUAAAAUCCCCUUUAUAUACAAAUAAUAUUUCAAACUGUUUUGAAAUAAAGCAUUUGAUAUUUUAUUCAACAAAAAUAAUAAAACAAUUAAUUAAUCACAGAAAAAAAGACACUUAUACAAUAACAAAAGAAAAAAAAAAAAAGUUACAACGAAAUGAGAAAUGUAAAAAUCGAUAUAAUCAAAAAUAUGAAAAUAAUUCGAAAAACUUUUGUGAUGAAACUAGCGACGAUAAUAUAUUUAUAAGCCGAAAAAAUGGAACCCCAAAUAAAUACAUUAAUAAGCAAUACAACAAUUUAGAUGAUGAAAAAAGUAAAGAUGUGCUUGUAAAUGAAAGAAAUGACUCUUUAUGCAAUUCUCCUUGCGUUAAUAAAACAAAUUUAGAAACACAAAAUAUAGGUAAAGAUGGGAAAUGCCAUUAUAGUACUCAUGCCAAUGAAGAAAAUAGUAAUUGUAAGAAAGGUGCUAAAGAAAAUUACGAAAAUGAUAAUGAUUUAAAAGGAAAAAUAAAUAGUGAUAUAUAUAUGAAAAAGUGCGAUGAAGAAGAUAAAGGGAUAAUGAAAAGAGAGGCUAUGGAAAAUAAUAAUGAUGUAGAUGAAGAGAAUGAAGAAAUAGAAAAACAAUCGCUUGAAGAUUUAAAGAUCCGUAUUUUUUUAGAAAGUCAAAUAAAGAAUUAUCUUAUAUUAAAUAACAACGUAGCAAGCGAUGUAAAUGAAAGAAAAAAAAAUAACAUCAUAUUAAAAGUUUUAAUAAUUUUAUACAAUGAAAUUAUAAUAAAUGAUAAUAUUGAAAAAGAAAAAUAUCGAAAGUAUGAAAAAAUUAUUAAAAAUAUAAUAAAUAACAUGAACGGUAUACAUAUUGAUAUAGAUAUAGUAAGAUAUAUUAUAAAUUUAUUUCUAAAUAUUUUUCUAAAAUUCCCAUAUUAUAUAUAUAAUUUAAUAUCACUAUUAGUUAAUUAUAUAACUAUAAUUAAUGCAAAUUUUAUGACAUCCUUAACAUUAGAUACAUUUGAUGAUGUGGAAAAACAAGUCAGUAUUCUUAUAAUAAGUUCAGUUACAUUAAAAAAAAUUAUCUAUCAAUCUAUAUCAUUUUAUAAAAUAUAUCAUUUAGACAAUUUAAUAGUGUCUAUAUUUGACAUAUGUAAAUUAUUUCUUUCAAAAAUUCAAGUACAUCCAUUAAAAACGAUAAAUGAAUUAAGGAGAAUUAUAUCAUAUUCAUUAAUUCAUUCUAUAGUUUUCAUUAUAAUCAAUCAAGUAAUUUCCACUGAAUAUAAUAAUAAGUAUUUUGAUGAAUAUAUGGUAGAGGAAACAAAUGUUGCUAAAACAAAAAGUUUAGAAAUAAAUAAUCCUGUUUUUAGAAACUCUUUUUCAAGUUGUAAUAAUAUAAAAUGCUAUUGGGUUAUUUAUCAAAUACUAUAUGGCAAUGCUAUUUUUCGUCUUUUAAUUGAUAUACUAAAUGAAAUGAUGAGUGAGAUUGAUAAAGAUCGAAUAGAGUGUUUUAUUAAAUCUUAUGAAGAGCAAAUUAAAAAAAAAAAAAUGAAUUCUUUGAAUUUUUUUCUUGUAGAUAAUUUAUUUAUUUUAGUGUACAUUUUGAAAAUUAUUUAUAUAUUUUUAUCAUCUGAAAUUGUUACAUUUCUUUUUUUUGGUCAUAUAUACAAAAUAGUAAAUACUUUAUUUGAAUUAUUUUAUAAAUUUCAUCAUAUCACUGAAGAAUAUAACAAUAGUGAUAAUUUGGAAGAAGAGGGUAUUGAAGAAAAUAAUGAUAAAUCUACAUCUAAAAAUGAAGACGAUGAAGAUACCAAAAAAAUAAAAAAAUAUUUGAGUACAAAUGGAGUAAUUCAAAAAAUGGAGAAAAAAAUUUAUAAUAAAAAUGCAAUUUCUAAAAAAAAAGAAAUAAAAAUGUUUUACUUCUAUGAAUAUGGUUUUACACAAAUGUGUAGGUUGGUAAAUAUUGAAAACAUUCUUCUAAUAUUUGGCAUAUAUUUAAUAAAAAUUAUAUACAAAAUUACAAUUUUUAUAAAGUAUCAAAAAUUUGGAAUAAACUUAACCCAAGAAAAGGAAAUGAAGGAAAAAGACGCCGAUAUUAAUAUACAAACUGAAAAAGAGUUGAAUAACUAUGAAAUAACCAAAGGAAAUAUGGUAAAUUCUUCUAAAUCAAAUGCUAUAAAUAAUUUUAGUGAGAAUAUUGACAAAUUAAAUUACCCCAAAACAGGGUCUUUGGAAUAUAAUGAAAAGGAAAAGGAAUUAAUGAACAUAAAUGAAGCCAUAGCAAAAGUAAAGGACAAUGAAAAGGUCUAUUUUGAUUUUUUCUUAAACUAUAUGAUUAAUUUUGUAAAAAAUAAAGAUAAGAACGAUUUUAGCAAUUUGAUAAUAAAUAUAUUGAAAAAAGAACAAAUUAAAUGCAAAAAAAAUAAGAAGAAAACACAAAAUGAAAUUCCAAACGAUUAUAAUAACAAAUUUUUCUUAUUACAUGAAAAUAUAGAAAAGUUAGACAUAUUAAAUAUUUUAUCAAACAAUUACGAUACAUAUUACAAAUUGACAUUAAUUAAUAUAAUUGAAAUACUCGAAUUAUAUUUAAAAAAAUAUAAUUUUUUCAUGAAAAUUAUUAAAAACAUAUCUAGAUGUAUUUUAAAUGUUGAUUUAAACAGAAACGAAGUAAUGGUUUAUUUAUUAAUACUCGACAAAUUUUUAAAAAAUAAAAUGCAUAAUAAAAGUAAGGUCAAAUUAUUUAAGCAUAUAUUACCUAUAAUUAAAUUAUUAAAUAAAAUGAAUAACAACAAUGGUUUAUUGAAUGUCUUAAUCAUAAAAAUUAUGGGAUAUUUUAUUAGUCGUAAUAAUAUUGAAAUAAAUUCAUAUAUUAUAAAUUUGUCUAUAAAGCUAUACAACUUUUUUUCGAAACACAUGACUAAGGAGAACAAUUUAUAUGUUAUCUUUUCCUUUUUAAUUAAUAAUAUAAUUUUAUCCUACUUUAAAAUAAAUAGUAAAAAAAAUGCCACAAACGAGAAAUCAAUAAAUUAUUAUCAACCUUUUAUCCUUGGAAAUAGAAAUACUAAUAUAGAAAAAUAUAUAAACAUAAAUAAUAAUGAUAAGAUUACGAAUAAUAAUGAUAAGAUUACGAAUAAUAAUGAUAAGAUUACGAAUAAUAAUGAUAAAAUUACGAAUAAUAAUGAUAAAAUUACGAAUAAUAAUGAUAAAAUUACGAAUAAUAAUGAUAAAAUUACGAAUAAUAAUGAUAAGAUUACGAAUAAUAAUUCAAUUCUUGAUAUUCCUUUUUUAAAUAUUUCAUCUAUUAUAAAAAAAAAUGAAAAAGAAUUUAUUUUUAAGCUCGACAUUUCUAACAUAAAACAUUGCACUACUACUUCUUCAGUGCACAUUUGUUCAAAUGAUUUAACAGCAAACUCGAGGAAAAAUAAAAAAACAAAGAAAGGGGAGAAAAAAAAACUUUUUAUUGAGCAAAAUAAAAAUCGAAAACAAAUUGAUAAAAAGAUAAAGACAGAAAAUGAAGGGAAUAAUAAUGGCAGCAUGGUAUUAGAUGAACAAGAAAAUAACAAAAAUGUAUUAAUUAAUGAAAAAAAAACUAUUUUCAAACUAUUUGAUAUUUUCCUAAAUAUGCUAAAAAUAAUUCCACAAGAAAAAAAUAUAUUUAUCUACGUUUUAAGAAAUUUUAAUUUGGUGAUAAAAAAAUCAAACGGAAAAAUUAGUAUAGACAGAAUAAAAGGUUGUUUAGACAUAAUUCUGGCAUAUAUAUUGAAAAAUGAAAAUAUGGAUAUUUACAAUUUUAAAAUUAAGAAAGCCAAAUGGGUAUUGGUGUUUUUCAACAAUUUAAUGAGGGUUCUUAAAAAGAGGAACAAAUGGGAUAACAUAAAAUGGAAAAAGAAAAAAAUCAAUGAAACGGUAAAGAAUGAUACAAAUGAAAAUUAUAAAAAGAUUGCAAAACGUGUUAGAAAAAGUAAAAAAUAUUAUGAAGAAAUAGAAAAACAAAUCUUUACAAUUUUUGAAAUAAUGCUUAAUUCUUAUGAAAAAAAAAUCAACAACAAAUUUUUUAAGACAAUUAAUAGCUUAUUUGAUUUGUACAAAAAAAGUAAGAUGGAAAAGUUUAUGGACAAAAUAUCUAUUCUCAUACAAAAGAAUAUUUUUAUUUCUAAUAAAACUAAAUUAAUAAAAAAUGCAAGCAUAUGCUUACUAAAACUGGUGAAGAAAAAGAUAUAUAUUCCUAUGCAUGAAAACUUUGAUUAUUAUAUUAUAGCUCUUUACAAUUUUUUUAUUAAUGAUGAUGAUAAUGACAUAAAAAUGAUAAAGAAAUGUUUGUUUAAUAUAUUAAAAUUUAGAAUACUUAAAUAUUCGUUUUUUAACGUUAAGGAAUGGAUAAAUUUAUUUGAAAAUGUGUUAAAUUCUAAAAAUAUAAUUCAUUAUGAUAUAAAAAAAUAUGACUUUGAAAAUACUGAAUAUGAUAAAAGUGAUUAUAACAAAAAUUUGGAUGAUACAAAACACGAAAAGGAAAAUAAUUUAUUAACAAAUGAACAAGUAUUAAAUGAGAACAAAAAAAAAAACUCUAUUUUUUACACAUCUAUAUUCAGUGAAAAUUUUUACUUUAACACUCAUAUAGAUUUCUUGGAUGAAAAUUAUAUAAAAAGAAAUUUAAAUAAUAAAAAAUCAUUAUAUUUCAACAUAUUUGGAACAAUGAAUAUUCAUUAUACAUUUUCUUAUCAAACUAAAUUAUUUGUUAUGAAAUUAUUAUUAUUUUUUUUGGAAACAAUAACAUAUUCACGCUAUAGUUACAUUCAUAAUGAUCCAUAUUAUUCGAAUUAUUUGAAAAAGCGUCUUAAAGAAAUUAUAAUUUAUAAGGAUUGUCAAAAUAAAUUAUCAUCGCAUGUUAAGGAAAUAAAAAUGGUUACAAAAAUGAAUCAGAAUACAGAAUUUCCUGUUGAUACAAACAAUUUUAAUGAAACAAUAAAUGACCUUUCCUCUAAUGGUAGUGUUGGGCUUUUUCGAAACUCUAGACAAAUUAGUAGUGAAAAAAAUAAUCUUCGACAUAAAAGCCAAGAUAGUGAUAGUGAUUGUGUUGAUAAUAGCAUAAUUAAAAAACAUUUUAGCUAUAACGACGAAAAAAAAUACACAAAAAAUUAUAGUAAUAUAUAUGAAAAUAAAAAAUUUCAUGCUAAGAAUAAGGAUGAAAUGAUAAAAAAACUUGAAAAUAUUGAACACAUUAUUGAGAUAAGAGAAUGUUUGAGCAAUUCCCAAAUUAUAGAUAAAGGAAAUUUAAAAAAAAAUAUGAAUAUUGAAAAAAUUAUUGAUAAAUUUUCAUUAUAUGAUAAUUUUGAGGUAUUACUAAAAGUUAUAUUACAUAAUAUAAAUUAUGGAAUAAAGUUUUAUAAAUUGUCUAAACUUGCUAUGAAAGUAUUAAUUGUUUAUUUAAACAUUUUCAAAUUUUCUAAAAUCAUUAUUGAUGAAUUAUCUACUAAUAAUGAGAUUCUUUUAUUGCAAAAUUAUGAAAUAAAUAUUUUGGCUUCUUUAAAAACAUAUUUCGAAUCAUUUAAAUAUAUAUAUAUUAAUGAUAAUAACAAUUAUGAAGAUGUAAAUAGUACCAAAAAAAAUGUUGAAGCUCAGCAAUUUUCUCAUUUCUUUUUAUAUCCAUUAUUUGAUAUAUAUAAUUUAUUUUUAUUUCUCAAUGAUAUAAAAUUGUGUAAUUCUAACACUAAACUUAUAAAAUAUUUUUUCCACUUUGCAAUAAAAGAUAGUACAAAUAAAAUCAGUACUUCAUUUGGAAAUAACUGGAGCUGGGAAAGUGGAAAUACCAACAGUAAUGGUUGUCAAAGUAAUAAUGAUAAUUAUUCUGAAGGACUUACCGAAAUAAUAAAAAGUGUUAAUAAAUUAAUGAACAAAAAAAAUAUAAAUUCAUCGCUAUUUUUUUCCGAAUUUGAUGCAUGUGUGUAUUUUCUAUUUAUUUAUAAAUCAUUUUGUUAUUAUAUUAUAAAUAAUGAAGAGGCUCAAAAUAAUUUAACAAAUUUUAACAUGAAUUUUGUUAUAAAAAAUCUUAGCUAUAUUUUAUACGAUACUAUGAUUUUGUAUUUAUGGUCAUCAGAAGAUAAUAAUAGUAAUGGGCAAAAUGAAAAGAAUUUUAAUUUUAUUCAUAAUUUUUUUACAUGUGUAAAUGAAAAGGCUCGAUCUUUAUCUCUUUUUUACUUUUCUGCAUUUCCAAUUAUUAUUAAAUUUUUAAAUGUAGUAAGGAAGAAAAUAAUAUUGGACAAAAAGUAUUAUUUUUUUUUCAGAACAUUUAUUUUGUUUAUACUUUAUAUUUUGAAGGAAUGUAUAAAAAAUAUAAAUGAAAAAACACGAGAAAUAUAUUUUUCCUUUAUUUUUAAUUACUUAAUUAUGAUUGGAUGGUUUGAAGAUGAAUAUAUUAAUGAAGUAAAUGAAAUUUCAUCGAAAAAUUGUUUAUCAACAGAAAGUAACCAAAACAAUGAUCCGAAUUAUGCUAGUAAGAAUAAUAAUAUAAAUGAAGAAAAAUUAAAUAAAUGUAUUUAUAAAAAUGAACAAAAUGAUAAAUGUAAUAACGAUGAGUCUAACAGUGAAAAUAUCAAAAAUAAUUGUCACAAAAAUAUUAAUAGUCUUGAAGAAAUGAAAAAAAAUACAUUUUUAAGGACUGUAUUACACUAUAUAUUAAAAUAUACAGUUGCUUAUAUAAAUGAGAAUAACUUACAUAUAGUAUUAGAAUUUAUAUCAGGGGUUCAUAAUAAUAUUAUAGAAAAUAAAAUUGGAAAAAGAGAUAAAGUGGUAAUAUAUAAAGUAUACACCCUAAGUAUAUAUGUUGUGAGCAAAUUUUUAAAUAAUAAAAAUAUUAAUAAUGUAGAAAAUGCAAACUUAUUAUGGAAUAUAUUUUUAAAUUGUUAUAUUAUUUUAAACGAAAUAAAUGGUAGUAAUUUUAAAGACAAAAUUAUAUUAUUGUUACAAAAACUAUUUUUAGAAAAAAUUAAUUUAUUAUUAGACGAAAAAUUAUUAAGUAAGUUAUUAAAAUUAUUUUUUCAUUAUUCUUCAAUAAAUAAUAUAAAUAAUUACUUAACAAAAAUAAAACAAAAUUAUAAUGAACGUAUUAUAGACUUUUUGAAAAAAGAAGAUUUAAAAAAAUUAAAAUUGGAAUAUAUAAAAAUAAUUGUUUUUAUACACUUUGUUAGCUCUACUGAUAUAAUGGACGAUACAUAUAAGUCCUAUUAUGACAAGCAAAUUUUGGAUUUGUUUAUAUUAAUUUUGAAAAUAAUGAAAAGUAUGUAUUUUUAUGGAACAGCAUACAACGAAAUCAACAGUAUUAGCAAUAGCCCUUGUAAUAAAAUAAAUGAUAAAGAUAUAGACAUCAAACUUUUACAUAUAAAUAAUAAUAGAAAACAUAUUAUUAUAUCCUCAAUAAAUAUUAUACAAAAUAUUUUAUCUUUAAUAAAAAAUAAUAAAGAAUCAUUUAUUUUUUAUUUUAUAUGUAAUGUGAUAAAAAAUGGAAUGAUGCCUAUAUUUAUAACAAAUUAUUCAAUAAACAACAUUUCACAAAAUAGUUUAAUAUCAAGCAAUUCUUAUAUAGAAGACGUUAUUUGUUAUUCAAUAAAAGUAUUAAAAACAUUUUUUGAUGUAUUUUUUAGUAAUUUAGAUAUAACAAAUAAAAUGUUAAUUCCAUUUAUAACCUUUAUUUAUAAAGUUAUAGAUUUGUGCAAAAGGGAAAAUAUUGUAAUAACAAAAAGUUAUUUAAUAUAUGAAACGAAUCAGGAAAAAUAUUGGGAUAUUUUAGAACACCAAAACGAAGAAAUAAAUAAUUUUACAAAAUAUGAAAUAUAUAUUGCUGAUAAUAAUAUGACCUUAUAUUUUAAAGAAUCAAUUAACAUUUUUAGAAAUAUAGCAUUUAAAAAUCCAGAAUUCUUUAAAGACAUUCUUUCCCUUAUAAAUGCAAAAGAAAAAUUACUCAUAUAUAAUUUGAUAAAGGAAUCUAUUGAUUUAGAAAAACAAAAUGAACAAAAGGACAAAAGCGUUGGUGAGAAAUUAGAUUUUAGUUUUGUAAAUUAA